ACUGGUUGCCCUGGGUUGUUUGGACAGAUAGUAGUUAGGGCUGUUGUCCUCACUGAACCUGCCCAGAAAGAUUGCAGAAAUUGCUGAGAUUUCUCCUUUCCCUAGGAGCUCUGUGGGAACCACAUGAGAUUUCAUUCUGCGGGGUUUAUACCUACAAGCUCUGCAUCUACCAGCUCUAAGCCUCAGUGUCUCAGCUCACCUGUCCUGGGAUUCUAAUCAACUGAAACAGAGACUCAACAAGCAGUCAGAGAACUGGAAGGAGAAUGCUCCGAGGCAGAUCCUUAUCGGUGACAUCCCUGGGUGGACUUCCUCAGUGGGAAGCCGACAAACUUCCUGUGGAGGAUUUGCUGCUCUUUGAAAUUUCUUGGGAGGUGACCAAUAAAGUCGGAGGCAUCUGUACUGUGAUUCAGACAAAGGCCAAGACCACAGCAGAGGAGUGGGGUGAAAACUACUUCCUGAUAGGUCCAUAUUUUGAGCAUAAUAUGAAGACUCAGGUGGAGCAGUGUGAACCUGAGAAUGAGGCUGUCCGACAAGCGAUGGAUGCCAUGAAUAAGCACGGCUGCCAGGUGCACUUUGGAAGGUGGCUGGUAGAAGGGAGUCCGUAUGUGGUGCUCUUUGACAUAAGCUAUUCCGCAUGGAACCUGGACAGGUGGAAAGGCGACUUGUGGGAAGCGUGCAACGUUGGGAUCCCUCAUCAUGACCGGGAAGCCAAUGAUAUGCUCAUAUUCGGAUCUUUAACUGCUUGGUUCUUAAAAGAGGUGACAGAUCAUGCAGAUGGUCAACAUGUUAUUGCCCAUUUCCAUGAAUGGCAGGCUGGAACCGGACUGAUUCUUUCUCGAGCCCGCAAACUCCCAAUUGCCACAAUAUUCACAACCCACGCCACGCUGCUUGGGAGGUAUCUGUGUGCAGCAAAUACCGACUUCUACAAUCACCUUGAUAAAUUUAACAUCGACAAAGAGGCUGGAGAAAGGCAGAUUUACCAUCGCUACUGCAUGGAGCGGGCUUCGGUUCACUGCGCUCACGUGUUCACCACGGUGUCUGAAAUAACGGCAAUCGAGGCAGAACACAUGCUAAAGAGAAAGCCUGAUGUAAUUACUCCAAAUGGCUUGAACGUUAAGAAGUUUUCAGCAGUACAUGAAUUUCAAAAUCUGCAUGCCAUGUACAAAGCCAGGAUUCAAGAUUUUGUUCGAGGUCACUUCUAUGGUCAUCUCGACUUUGACCUUGAAAAGACCUUAUUCUUUUUCAUUGCGGGGAGGUAUGAGUUUUCAAACAAAGGUGCUGACAUCUUCCUAGAAUCCUUAUCCAGACUAAACUUCUUGCUGAGGAUGCACAAAAGCAGCGUCACCGCGGUGGUGUUUUUCAUUAUGCCUGCCAAGACAAACAAUUUCAACGUGGAAACCCUGAAAGGACAGGCCGUGCGGAAGCAGCUGUGGGACACUGUACAUUCGAUGAAGGAAAAGUUUGGAAAGAAACUCUAUGAUGGAUUGUUAAGAGGAGAAAUUCCUGACAUGAAUAAUAUUUUGGAUCGAGAUGACCUGACAAUUAUGAAAAGAGCUAUCUUUUCAACUCAGAGACAUUCUCUGCCACCUGUGACAACUCAUAACAUGAUCGAUGACUCCACAGAUCCCAUCCUCAGCACCAUUCGAAGGCUCGGGCUUUUCAACAGCCGCUCAGACAGAGUCAAGAUAAUUUUGCACCCAGAAUUUCUAUCCUCCACCAGCCCUCUGUUGCCGAUGGAUUAUGAAGAGUUCGUCCGAGGUUGUCAUCUUGGUGUGUUCCCAUCAUACUAUGAACCCUGGGGUUAUACUCCAGCCGAAUGCACUGUGAUGGGGAUCCCCAGUGUGACCACAAACCUCUCCGGCUUUGGUUGUUUCAUGCAGGAGCAUGUGGCUGAUCCGACUGCUUAUGGUAUUUACAUUGUGGAUAGGCGGUUCCGCUCUCCAGAUGAUUCUUGCAAUCAGCUGACUCAGUUUCUUUAUGGAUUUUGCAAACAGUCACGCCGCCAAAGAAUCAUCCAGAGGAACCGGACUGAGAGGCUCUCAGAUCUUCUGGACUGGAGAUACUUGGGCAGAUUUUACCAGCACGCCAGGCAUCUGACAUUAAGCAGAGCUUUUCCAGAUGACUUCCAUGUGGAAUUCAUGUCACUACCAACGGCAGAUGGAUUUAAAUACCCCAGGCCUUCCUCUGUGCCACCCUCUCCGUCCGUGUCUCAGGCCUCCAGCCCUCAGAGCAGUGAUGUGGAAGAUGAAAAUGAAGACGAACGAUACAACGAGGAAGAGGAGGCCAAAAGGGAUCGGUUAAACAUUAAGUCACCUUUUAAUCUGAGCCAUGUUCCUCGUGGGAAGAAAAAGCUGCACGGUGAAUACAAGAACUGAGUCCCAUCCUUGCUGCAUGGAGCUGGUUUUUAGUAAGAACACAGUCAGAGGGACUACUUAAAAGAACGAAAAUGUCACGUUUCAGCUCAUUUUCUUCUUAGCAUUACAACGGAACUUGUUCUUUGCCUAGAAAGUACCGAGUAAGUGCGUGGCAAUUUGUAAUUUAGAAUAAAAUCCGUGUUAUUAUUCCUCUUGUUUCCUCUAUAAAUUUACGCAUAAGGAGGAAUAUUGAAGGAAUAAAACUGGAAAUUUUUAAAAAUUGUUAAUGGAAGCAAUAGAAAUAUUCUCUUUACCAGUAGUUUUUUAUUUUUCUUCAGUCCUGAGAAUGGAACUCACAGCCUUCACACUGAGCUACAUCCUCUGCCUUUUUAAUGUUUAUUUUUACUUUUUUGAGAUAGGAUGUUACUGAGUAACCAAGUUGUCUAGCCUGAGUUUCAACUUGUAAUCCUCUUGCUAUAGCCUCCUGGGGUGCUGGGAUUACAGAUAAGUAUGUGCCAUAAUGUCCAACCCAGGGUUUACUUUUUAAUUUGCCGUCAUCAUAAUCCUGUGUUUAGUAUUUAUACAAUUUUCAAAGCCAACCAUGCAAAUCUCCCAGUCAAUUCCCAAAGAUCCUCAACUUAGCUAUUAAUGUGUACUACUUACAUAUUUCAAGUAACUAUUAUUUUUCAUUUUGGCAUAUGUUAGAACCAUAAAUUUAUAUUUAGCUUUGCUGCAAAUUAUCUAAAUCCAUAAAAAAUAGCUAUCCUAGAUCUGUAUCUUGAUGCAUAGUUAUAUGAAUCUGAAAUCUACAGUGCAUGUUCAAAUCAAUGACAGGAAGACGUUGCCCCCUAUAGUAUACCAACUCACUGUAACAUUUUUAUGUUGUUUAAAUGAAAAGCUUGGGCUGGGCAUGAUGGUGCAUGCUUGUAAUCCCAGUACUUGGGAGACUGAGGUAGGAUCACUGUGAGUUCCAGGCUAGCUUGGUAUUUACAGUGAGUUAAAUGUCAGCCUGAGCUGCAUAAUGAAAUGCUGUCUCAAAAAAAAAAAAAAAAAACAAGACAAAAAACAAAACACAAAUAACUGGAAAACUUUUUUGGGAAUUUUUCAAUCUCUUAUUUUCUUAGUUACUUUUCUUUCAUUGCUGAGACAAAAUACCCAACACCCAAAAUUGGGAAGAAAAGAUCAUUUAGGUCACAGUUCAUGAAGGUUUCAGGCCACACUCAGCUGGUUCCAAGGCAGGAUGGUGUGCCUGAGGGACACCUGUUCAUGGCAGCUGUGGCAGAUACCAAAAGCAACAAGAGCAAAAGGGCAAAAGGGAAGAGCAUGCCUCUUUCCCUUCCACCUAUUAUAUGCAGGCUACCACUGUCAGAGUGAGUGCAAUGUUCACACCUCCAAUCCUAGUGCUAGACAACGAACCAAUCACAAAUGUUAGAUUCAGCCACCUCCAUGACUAUAUGAGGCUUUAGGGAAACACCCAGACACAAACCAUAACACCCAUUAAUGAUAAACUGUUAAACUCCAAGGAAUAAGUAUAUCAAUAUUUAAAGAUUUAAUUUUUAUUGAUAAUGUUUUGUUUAAAAAUCAUUUUACACAUUAGCACCUAAGAUAACAUUUAAAACUAUCUUUAUAAAAAGUAGCAAAAAUAUAUUUGUUUAAUUAUGAUAAGAACAAUGGCUAGCAUAUUCUGGGAUGUGCUUAGAGAUAUUGAAUAAAAUUAUACUUAAGCUGGCUUAUGUCUUAACUGCAAUUAAAUCUACAUUGGCAAAAAAAUGAAAGCAGCACAUUUCACUGUUGAAUUCUUUUUUUCCCUUUUAAUAACUGAGUAACCAUUUACUGUGUGAGUUUCAAUCUCGUGCACUGUGAGUAUCUUGAUUGAUAUACCAGUUGGCUUUCAUUUAUAGAGACUCUAAAAAUGUGAUCUUCUAGGUACUCAGUUAUGAUGGUUAGUGGAAGAGUGACAGAGAGUGGUAAAGACAAGGUGUCUUGUGGUUAAAGACCAGUGAAAAACUGCAACCCAGCCCAUUUUCCCACUGACUAGGACAAGUGGAAUAAUGGAUAUAAGCAACAAAUCAAGCCAAAAUAGAAGAUGGCUGCAAAUUCAUUCUUUUUAGAAGUUCAAGAAGAAAGAAAACAAAUUACCUAAAGCCUAACUCUUUUUUUCCCUAAACUCUUGAAAACUGCUCUGCAAAUGCCAGUUAACCUAGGGUCUGCAGAGAAGCUUGAAAAACUCUGCAUUAGAAAGCAGAAAAAAAUAUUACAAGAAUUUCUGUUGUAGACCUAUUUGUUAAAUUCCCAGAAAAAUCUCAUGAAAGUGGGGAGAGUUUCAUGGUUAUAACAAUUAUGCAAAUGUAUCCAUAAUAAAAUAACAAUGUGUAUAUUUAAA